AUGACGCUGAGCGUGGCUGACGUGAUCAGCACAUCGUACCCGGAACGCACACGCGAAGAACACUGCACUCAGCCCUCAGCAUUCAGAGAACACAAUGAAAUCGACAAGGAGACGGAGGACUGCUGGUUCUGGUCGCCCCGCCUGACCAUGCGAAAUGACCUCUUCAACGCAUUCACCGAGCCCAACGGUGUUUUCUCUCUCCGGAUCACCCCAUGGAAAACCUGCGACCUCGUCGGCUUCGUACUCAACGAAAUCAACGCACUCAGUAGUCCCAGCUCGGCCUCCUCUUGGAGACGGUAUCGCAAUCUAGCACUCCCCCUCCGGCUCAGCAUUCACCGCACUCGCACUCAGCGCUCCCCAGAGCAUGCUAGCAGGACAAAACUCUUGAGCCUACAGCACACUGCACUCAACGGUAUGUUGAUCUUCUCUUCCGCGAUGAAACCAUCGCACUCGGAAUACAAUGACAUAUUCGCUCGAACUCGUCUUCUGAAACGCGGCAACGAACUCACUAAAACUUAUUUACACCGCAUACCCUUGCUCGACAGCUUACCCGCACUCAACGACAAUCGAACGCCUACAACCGGCUCUCACAGCGCACAACGAACACCAACACACAGAACACAACGAGCACCAGCACACGUAUUCCCCGCGUCUCGCAGCGGCAAUCCUUCUCCCCUCCUCCCUCACCGGCAGAAUCCUGGUCAGCUUGGCCUCUUGCCCAAGCUACCGAUCCUGACUGAAUUGUAUCUAUAA